AAAUUGGAAAGAAUUUCUCGGCCUCCUUUCAGUCUAAUUAAAGGUUGGACUCCAGCUGUGGAUCUUUUAUCACCUAUGUCUACCCUUUCAUUUGAUCGUGCCUCAGAAGAAGCAUAUGCAAAGAGUAUUCUAUUGCAGUAGCCUGCUUCACUUCCAGAUACACCUAAGCAACAUAUCCAGGAAAAUAAUUGCAGAAGGGAAAGUGAUAUACUGGAACCUAAAUGUGAUCUAGCCAACAGCCCUGCUUCUUUCCUGUUGCAGCCCAUUUCAUCAUCAUCAGAUAGAAACAGUGUUACACUACUUGAAAAGGACACAAAGUCGACAACUCCUACAGAGAAAAAUGAAACAGUUUCUAAGAAAACACCUGAGCUUGAAGUGGAAGACUCUUCAUCAUCAAAUAUUGAUAAGAGUAGAGCAUUUGGAGGGUCUCUGCCAGCUAAAAAAAAAAGUGAUCCAUUCCAAAAAGAACACGAUCAUCUGGUAGAAGAGGUUGCAAGGGCAGUUUUAUCUGAUUCACCACAGCCUUCUAAAGGAAAAGAAGUAAUAUUUGAGGAACUAAUUGACUCUCUAGUUUCUAACCCAUUCUUAACAAGGAAUCAAAUGCCCUGAACUCCAGAAAACUUGGUAAGUGAAAGCAGGAGGUCAUGGAGAAAAGCUGUUAAAAUAGAAGAUAACAGAAGUACAGAACCAAUUCAAAUGGAUACUGAACAUACAGAAGUAUUGCCAGAAUCCCUAUAUGUGGUGCCUAAUCAAAAAGAGUUUAACAUGGCCAGUUUUUUCUCAGCAACCACUGUGUCCAAUUCUAGGCAUUCUUAUUUGCCUGAAGAGAAAGUUGUUUCAGAUUGCCUCAAGUGUGUGCUUCAGAAACCCGUAAGGACCAGUUGCAUAGGUGAACCAACAACACAAAAUCUGUCAGAUUUGUUAAAUAAGGACAUAAUUCGUAAGCAAGAUUUGGAAUGUACAGCUUUACAGAACAAGCUUUUAGAAACUAGCCAAAUAGAGACAUUCUCCCCUGCCAUAGGUAAUAGGAGAGAUGUGAUAGGUAGCAGUGAAGAAGAGUAUAUUAAAAUAUCAGACCACUCGAAAGCUUCUUACAAAGAUCUUUCCAUGCAUAAAACUAUGUUAUGGAACUCUUUUCAGAUAUCAAGUGGAAUUAGUUCCAGUUUUAAAGAUAGUGAUUUUGGCAUAUUACAUGAAACUCUUCCAAAAGAAGUUGGUCACUUAAGUCUUAAUAGCUCCAGUAGUACAGAGGCCAAUUUUAAACUGGAACCAAAUAGUCCUAUGCACAGUGGCAUUUUCCCAGAAGGUGUUGUGGGAGGAAGACAGAAUAUUCCAGAAUCAGACUUUAAUUUACAGGCUACUUGCAGUGGAUAUGAGGCUCUGAAGAAAUCUCUGUCCAAGCAAAGGGAAGAAAUUUGCCUCUCUAAUCCUGAAACACUUGAAAGACACAAACCAGAAUUGAGCCUUACUUCCCAAUACAUGCAAACUGAUGAUAUGCUUAACUUUCAGGGCACUCAUGAUUUGCACAUUGACUAUACAAAACCAUCUUCACGCUUGUCCCUUGGUGAAAGAAAACAGCCUGUUUCACCACUAAUUAGGUUUUCUCCAGUGGAACAAAGAUUGAGAACCACAAUACCAUGUAGUCCUGGAGAACUUCUACUUAAUUUAACAGUCAGUAUUGCUGAAGAAGAAAUCUUGAAUAAGAGGCUUGAUGCAAAAGAAUCUCCAUCUGACUUGAAAGAUGAAGCAGUAGUCCAGUCAAUUUAA